GGAAAAGAAGACAAAAAGAAGAGACGAAGAAGAGACGAAGAAAGAGCGAAGAAACCAAGGGGGGAACGGGAACAAGGGCGUGUUUGUGCGUGCAACCCUAACCCAUGUCAUCUUCCGUCUUUUGGGUUCUUUAACGGCGAUUGUCCGUACAUACAUAAGUACAGACUUACAUACAUAACAUAACGUGCAUACAGAUAUAUCGACAUCAACGUCAACUUCGACUUCAGCAUCAAAAACCCUCAUGCACGGCAUGCCACUUCGGCUCGGUCCUGUGCCUUGAUCUGUGCAUGUCAUCGCCAUCUGGACCAGCUCCAGCUUUUGCCACUGAGAGAGACGAAGAAGACGAAGACGAGCAGCGAACAGGAGGGAACAACUGCUCGCGUGUCCCCUAUCUUGCCGCAGCCCACUUGGAGUGCAACGGUAUCCCACAAUGCUGACGAGGCGAGGCAAUGGAGUGCCCCCUUUUUCUCGUGGGUGGCCAUGUCUGGGGCCGCCGUUGAAGGAGGAGGAGGAGGGAGGACUCUAAUUCUACUAGAGCCCGUCCAUCUCCGUGAGGUCCGAGGCAGCUGCCUAAGGGGCAGAAGCGUGAAACGCUGGUCUGGAGAGGGCGUUCUGGCUGCUUUAUCUGACCAGCCCCUUGGGCAGCAGCGGCUGAUGAUGGCUGUCCCUGUCUCUGUCUCUGCUUCUUGGUCUUCUCUUUCUCCUCCUCCUUUUCCUCCUUGCCAUCCCUUUGCUCCUUGCUGUCUAUCCUCCCUUUACUCCUUGACUAUCGACUACUAUCGUCGUCGUCGUCGCCAUCUCGAAUCUUCAACUUUUUCCUCGCAUGUAACCCUGCUUAUGUAAGAGGUCCAGGCCUUGGCGAUGACCCAGGACCUCGGGAAGUCACGUGUGAUGUAACAUCGAUACCAAAAAUACGCUGACAUAAAAUACACGCUGUAAGUACGGGCUUUCUUAUAGAUCAGCUUUUAUAGGCCGACAGGAAGAAUAAUAUCAUCAAUCUAUUAUUGCUACGAUAAAAAAGGAAGAAGAAGAAGAAGAAGAAGAAGAAGAAGAAGAAGAAGAAGAAGAAGCAUGUAGGUCGAGUGGGAAGAGAGACAAGCCAGAAAAACCUGGAGAGUUGCGU